CGGGCGGCGUUCAGAAGAGCUGGGUGCGGUGAGGCGCGCAGAUCACCGCGGUUCCUGGGCAGGGCACGGAAGGCUCAAGAACUUGACCUGCUGUAGCUUGAGUCUCGCUUUCGCCCCACCCCGCCGCCCGAGCGCUCGAGAAAGUCCUCUCGCAAGAACCAGCGUCUGUUCCCCGGGCAGACCCAGGUUCAGGUCCUGGCCAUAAGUCACCAUGGCCCAGCAGGCUGCAGACAAGUACCUCUAUGUGGAUAAAAACUUCAUCAAUAACCCGCUGGCCCAGGCCGACUGGGCUGCUAAGAAGUUGGUAUGGGUGCCUUCUGACAAGAAUGGCUUUGAACCGGCCAGCCUCAAGGAGGAGGUGGGCGAGGAGGCCAUCGUGGAGCUCGUGGAGAAUGGGAAGAAGGUGAAGGUGAACAAGGAUGACAUCCAGAAGAUGAAUCCGCCCAAGUUCUCCAAGGUGGAGGACAUGGCAGAGCUCACGUGCCUCAACGAAGCUUCAGUGCUGCACAACCUCAAGGAGCGUUACUACUCGGGGCUCAUCUAUACCUAUUCAGGCCUGUUCUGUGUGGUCAUCAACCCUUAUAAGAACCUGCCCAUCUACUCAGAGGAGAUUGUGGACAUGUACAAGGGCAAGAAGAGGCAUGAGAUGCCACCCCACAUCUACGCCAUCACAGAUACUGCCUACAGGAGCAUGAUGCAGGACCGGGAAGACCAGUCCAUUCUGUGCACGGGUGAGUCUGGAGCAGGCAAGACAGAGAACACCAAGAAAGUCAUCCAGUACCUGGCACACGUGGCAUCCUCACACAAGAGCAAGAAGGACCAGGGUGAGCUGGAGCGGCAGCUGCUUCAGGCCAACCCUAUCCUGGAGGCUUUCGGGAAUGCCAAGACCGUGAAGAACGACAACUCUUCACGAUUCGGUAAAUUCAUUCGCAUCAACUUUGAUGUCAAUGGUUACAUCGUGGGUGCCAACAUUGAGACUUAUCUUUUGGAGAAAUCUCGGGCCAUCCGCCAAGCCAAGGAGGAGCGGACCUUCCACAUCUUCUAUUACCUGUUGUCUGGGGCAGGGGAACACCUGAAGACUGACCUUCUGUUGGAGCCAUACAACAAAUACCGCUUCCUAUCCAAUGGGCAUGUCACCAUCCCUGGGCAGCAGGACAAGGACAUGUUCCAGGAGACAAUGGAGGCCAUGAGGAUUAUGGGCAUCCCAGAGGAUGAGCAGAUGGGCUUGCUGCGGGUCAUCUCAGGAGUCCUUCAGCUUGGCAAUAUCGUCUUCAAGAAAGAACGGAACACUGACCAGGCGUCCAUGCCCGACAACACAGCUGCUCAAAAGGUGUCUCACCUCCUGGGGAUCAACGUGACCGAUUUCACCAGAGGUAUCCUCACCCCACGAAUCAAGGUGGGCAGAGACUAUGUGCAGAAGGCACAGACUAAAGAGCAGGCUGACUUUGCCAUUGAGGCCUUGGCCAAGGCUACCUAUGAGAGGAUGUUUCGCUGGCUAGUGCUUCGCAUCAACAAAGCUCUGGACAAGACCAAGAGGCAGGGUGCUUCGUUCAUUGGGAUCCUGGACAUCGCCGGCUUCGAGAUCUUUGAUCUGAACUCCUUCGAGCAGCUGUGCAUCAACUACACCAAUGAGAAACUCCAGCAGCUCUUCAACCACACCAUGUUCAUCCUGGAGCAGGAGGAGUACCAGCGCGAGGGCAUCGAGUGGAACUUCAUCGACUUCGGCCUCGACCUGCAGCCCUGCAUCGACCUCAUUGAGAAGCCAGCGGGCCCCCCAGGCAUCCUGGCCCUGCUAGAUGAGGAGUGCUGGUUUCCCAAAGCCACCGACAAGAGCUUCGUGGAGAAGGUGGUGCAGGAGCAAGGCACCCACCCCAAGUUCCAGAAGCCCAAGCAGCUGAAGGACAAGGCUGACUUCUGUAUCAUCCACUAUGCUGGCAAGGUGGAUUAUAAAGCUGACGAGUGGCUGAUGAAGAAUAUGGACCCUCUGAAUGACAACAUUGCCACUCUGCUUCACCAGUCCUCAGACAAGUUCGUCUCUGAGCUGUGGAAGGAUGUGGAUCGAAUCAUUGGCUUGGACCAGGUGGCUGGCAUGUCUGAGACAGCACUACCCGGUGCCUUCAAGACACGAAAAGGCAUGUUCCGUACCGUUGGGCAGCUGUACAAGGAACAGCUGGCCAAGCUCAUGGCCACGCUGAGGAACACCAACCCCAACUUUGUUCGCUGUAUCAUUCCCAACCAUGAGAAGAAGGCUGGCAAACUGGACCCUCACUUGGUGCUGGACCAGUUGCGCUGUAAUGGCGUCCUUGAGGGCAUCCGCAUCUGCCGCCAGGGCUUUCCUAACCGAGUGGUCUUCCAGGAGUUCCGGCAGAGGUAUGAGAUCCUUACUCCUAACUCCAUUCCGAAGGGCUUCAUGGAUGGGAAGCAGGCGUGUGUGCUCAUGAUCAAAGCUUUGGAGCUUGACAGCAACCUAUACCGCAUUGGACAGAGCAAAGUGUUCUUCCGGGCCGGUGUGCUAGCCCAUCUGGAGGAGGAACGGGACCUGAAGAUCACUGAUGUCAUCAUUGGCUUCCAGGCCUGCUGUCGGGGCUAUCUGGCCAGGAAGGCCUUUGCCAAGAGGCAGCAGCAGCUGACCGCCAUGAAAGUCCUACAGAGGAACUGCGCUGCCUACCUCAGGCUGCGCAACUGGCAGUGGUGGAGGCUCUUCACCAAGGUCAAGCCCGUGCUGAACUCGAUCCGACAUGAGGAUGAGCUGAUAGCCAAGGAGAUGGAACUGACAAAGAUGCGAGAGAAGCACUUGGCUGCUGAGAACAGGCUGACCGAGAUGGAGACUCUGCAGUCUCAGCUAAUGGCAGAGAAGCUGCAGCUUCAGGAGCAGCUGCAGGCAGAAACAGAGCUGUGUGCUGAGGCUGAGGAGCUCCGGGCCCGCCUGACAUCAAAGAAGCAAGAACUGGAGGAGAUUUGCCAUGACCUGGAGGCCAGGGUGGAGGAGGAGGAGGAGCGCUGCCAGCAUCUGCAGGCAGAGAAGAAGAAGAUGCAGCAGAACAUCCAGGAACUUGAGGAGCAGCUGGAGGAGGAGGAAAGUGCCCGGCAGAAGCUGCAGCUCGAGAAGGUGACCACUGAGGCCAAGCUGAAGAAACUGGAGGAGGAUCAGAUCAUCAUGGAAGACCAAAACUGCAAACUGGCUAAGGAGAAGAAGCUGCUGGAAGACAGAGUAGCUGAAUUCACUACCAACCUCAUGGAAGAGGAGGAGAAGUCCAAGAGCCUGGCCAAACUCAAGAACAAGCAUGAGGCGAUGAUCACUGACCUGGAAGAGCGCCUCCGCAGGGAGGAGAAGCAGCGGCAGGAACUGGAGAAGACCCGCCGCAAGCUGGAGGGAGACUCCACGGAUCUCAGUGACCAGAUCGCAGAGCUCCAGGCACAGAUUGCUGAGCUCAAGAUGCAGCUGGCCAAGAAGGAGGAGGAAUUGCAGGCUGCCUUGGCCAGGGUGGAAGAAGAAGCUGCCCAGAAGAAUAUGGCCCUGAAGAAGAUUCGAGAAUUGGAAGCUCAGAUUUCUGAGCUCCAGGAAGACCUGGAGUCUGAGCGAGCCUCCAGGAAUAAAGCUGAGAAGCAGAAACGGGAUCUUGGAGAAGAGUUGGAGGCACUGAAGACAGAGCUGGAAGACACCCUGGACUCCACGGCUGCUCAGCAGGAGCUGAGGUCAAAACGUGAGCAGGAAGUGAGCAUACUAAAGAAGACUCUGGAGGAUGAGGCGAAGACCCAUGAGGCCCAGAUCCAGGAGAUGAGGCAGAAACACUCACAGGCCGUGGAGGAGCUGGCUGAGCAGCUGGAGCAGACUAAGCGGGUACAGGAACUCUGGGAAAAACACACUAUGUCUGGGAAGGGCCAGGAUGGGGCUUGCUGUAUCUAUACCAAUGUCUGGGGAGAUCAGAACAGGUGUCUGUGGCUGGGGGGGGGGCGACUUUGUCAGAAUGACCUGGACAAAUACACUGAGCUGCUGCAGGAGGAGAACCGGCAGAAGCUGAGCCUGAGCACCAAGCUCAAGCAGAUGGAGGAUGAGAAGAACUCCUUCAGAGAGCAGCUGGAGGAGGAAGAGGAGUCCAGACGCAACCUGGAGAAGCAGAUUGCCACCCUCCAUGCCCAGGUGACUGACAUGAAAAAGAAGAUGGAGGAUGGGGUCGGGUGCCUGGAAACUGCAGAGGAGGCGAAGCGGAGGCUUCAGAAGGAUCUGGAAGCCAUGAGCCAACGGCAUGAGGAGAAGGUAGCUGCCUAUGAUAAGCUGGAGAAGACCAAGACUCGGCUACAGCAGGAGCUGGAUGACCUGCUGGUAGACCUGGACCACCAGCGGCAGAGCGUCUCCAAUCUGGAGAAGAAACAGAAGAAGUUUGACCAGCUCCUAGCUGAGGAGAAGACCAUCUCUGCCAAGUAUGCAGAGGAGCGUGACCAAGCUGAGGCUGAGGCCCGUGAGAAGGAAACAAAGGCACUGUCGUUGGCCCGGGCCCUCGAGGAGGCCAUGGAGCAGAAGGCAGAGCUGGAACGGGUCAACAAGCAGUUCCGCACAGAGAUGGAGGACCUCAUGAGCUCCAAGGAUGACGUGGGCAAGAGUGUCCAUGAGCUGGAGAAGUCCAAGAGGGCCUUGGAGCAGCAGGUAGAGGAAAUGAAGACCCAACUAGAGGAGCUGGAAGAUGAGCUUCAGGCCACUGAGGAUGCCAAGCUCCGUCUGGAGGUGAACCUGCAGGCCAUGAAGGCCCAGUUUGAGCGGGAUCUGCAGGGCCGAGAUGAACAGAACGAGGAGAAGAAAAAGCAGCUGGUCAGACAGGUACGGGAGAUGGAGGCAGAGCUGGAGGACGAGAGGAAACAGCGCUCAAUGGCCAUGGCGGCACGGAAGAAACUGGAGAUGGAUCUGAAGGAUCUGGAGGCUCACAUUGACACAGCCAAUAAGAACCGGGAGGAGGCCAUCAAACAGCUGAGGAAGCUCCAGGCCCAGAUGAAGGACUGCAUGCGGGAGCUGGAUGACACGCGCGCCUCCCGAGAGGAGAUCCUGGCGCAGGCCAAGGAGAAUGAGAAGAAGUUCAAGAGCAUGGAGGCUGAGAUGAUUCAGCUGCAGGAGGAAUUGGCAGCUGCUGAGCGUGCUAAGCGCCAGGCCCAACAGGAACGGGACGAGCUGGCUGACGAGAUCGCCAACAGCAGUGGCAAAGGGGCACUCGCGUUGGAGGAGAAGCGGCGCCUAGAGGCCCGCAUUGCCCAGCUGGAGGAGGAGCUGGAGGAGGAGCAGGGUAACACAGAGCUGAUCAACGACCGGCUGAAGAAGGCCAACCUGCAGAUUGACCAGAUAAACACCGACCUGAACCUGGAGCGCAGUCAUGCUCAGAAGAACGAGAAUGCGCGGCAGCAGCUCGAACGCCAGAACAAGGAGCUCAAGGCCAAGCUGCAGGAGAUGGAGAGUGCUGUCAAGUCCAAAUACAAGGCCUCCAUUGCUGCCUUGGAGGCCAAGAUUGCACAGCUGGAGGAACAGCUGGACAAUGAGACCAAGGAGCGCCAGGCAGCCUCCAAACAGGUGCGCCGGACCGAGAAGAAGCUGAAGGAUGUGCUGCUGCAGGUGGAAGACGAGCGGAGGAAUGCCGAGCAGUUCAAGGACCAGGCCGACAAGGCGUCCACCCGCUUGAAGCAGCUUAAGCGGCAGCUAGAGGAGGCCGAAGAGGAAGCCCAGCGGGCCAAUGCCUCACGCAGAAAGCUGCAGCGUGAGCUGGAAGAUGCCACAGAGACAGCCGAUGCCAUGAACCGGGAAGUCAGCUCCCUGAAGAACAAAUUGAGGCGUGGAGACUUGCCGUUUGUGGUGACCCGCCGACUUGUCCGGAAAGGCACUGGCGACUGCUCAGAUGAGGAGGUUGAUGGCAAAGCAGACGGGGCUGAGGCCAAGCCAGCUGAAUAGGAUCUUCUGCUGCCUGAGACAACAGACAGACGGCUCCGCCUCCCCUCCACACCCCUGCCUUGAGACUGCUCUGACCCUGACAACCCCCGACCCCCAGGCCUUACUGAGGGCAUUGGCUUCCUCUGCUGCAUAGUCCUCCAUACCUUUCAAGAAUCCGAUACCAAAGAGUCCAGGCUGGCCCAGGCCCAGUGACCAGCAAGGUUUUGCCCCAGUUGCCUGAAAGCACAGGUGGUGGGCAAGGAGGGCAGCCCUGGGAGUGGGCACAAGAGUUUUCUAUGAAUCUAUUUUUUCUUUAGAUAAAGGUUUUAAUAGCUCAGGCCCUCUAGAAGUGUUGUCACAUUUCCCCCACCUUUGCUGCCAGCUCCUCCCCACUCCUUCCUCUGCUGUUGGCAAUCACACAUGGUGACCUCACACCUGCCCUCUGGCCCCUUUCCUGGGCCCUUCCUGAUCCAGAAGGAGCAGUCCAGGGCUUCCACCUCUGUGCUGGGUGCAGAACAGGGGCACUCGGGGAACUCUCCCCAUUCCCUUCCGGGUAGCACUGGUGCCUCUGCCCCUUCCGAUUGUAAAAUGUGUCAAGUGCAAUGCCCCUUCCCUCCCUUGCCGAGGGCAGACUAUCCCGGCACCGGGGCAACCAGACAGGGCAUCAGGGCCACACUGGAAAGGCCAACAGCCUUCCGGUGGCUUCUCCCAGCACUCUAGGGGACCAAAUAUAUUUAAUGGUUAAGGGACUUGCAGCCAGAAUAUCCAAGAGCUGGGACCUACCAUGCACUCUUGUGCCUCUCCUAGGACCAGGGCCAAGGGUGGCUGAGCUGCACCGCCAAUGCUAUAGCUUCAGAUCUGCCUUCCACAUGGAUGUUUUUGAGAGAAAAAAAAAAAGUUUUUCCUCUUUUCCUUUCUUGGAAUAAGGGCUACAGUUCUAGGUGUUUUCACUGCUUUUUCCUGGAACUGUGUUUAGAAGAAAGUAGCCUGUUCUACAAUGGUCUACACUGGUUGCUGAAUUUCUCUGUGCACCUCACUGUUUUGUAAAUGGUGUGUUUAGACUCCCUUACGUCAAGAAGGCUUUUUUUUUUUUUUUUUUUUUUUUUUUUUUUUGUUUUUUUUUUUUUUUUUUUUUUUUUUUUUUUUUUUUUUUUUUUUUUUUUUUUGUUUUUUUUUUUUUUUUUUUUUUUUUUUUUAAAAGGGAACAAACUCCCUAGAACCAAACAAAGUCAAAUCGUGAAGCUACGUAUGCCGGAAAAGCUCUGAAUUCAAGUCCCAGUUGCUGUCACAUAGGAGUGAGUGGGACCCGCACCCCCCUUUUUUUUAUAUAUAUAUAAUAUAAGUGCCUUAGCAUGUGUCGCAGCUGUCACCACUACAGUAAGCUGGUUUACAGAUGUUUCCACUGAGCGUCACAAUAAAGAGAACUGUGUCCUA